AGAAAGCACUCAGGACGAGCACUGGUCAAAAGUGUUUGCGCAGCAACAGCUUAGAUAAACACCACAAAUUGCAAUUGCAUCCCUGAACACUAUGAAGACAGUUACUCUGUUUCUGCUGCUGAUUGGACUGGUGGGUCGUGCACAAGGCUGGCGGAACAGUUAUGAUGGGGUUCUAAAUUUUCAAUGUCCUGCUGGCCAGUCAAUAUCCUCCAUAACCAGCGAAAACAACAAUAACUAUGAGGACCGGGUUUGGGACUUUGGCUGUCAAGCCACCAAGAGUGAAAGCUGUUUCUGGACAAGUUACGUCAAUGACUUCGACCAAGUGAUCUUAUUUGAGUGUCCAGCACAACACGUGAUUGCAGGAAUGAGCAGCUACCACAGCAACAGCCAUGAGGACAGACGCUGGAAGUUUCUUUGCUGUAGAAGUAGUUGUGUUUCUGCAAACUGUCAUUGGACCUCGUACGUGAACUCCUUUGAUGAGUACUUCCACUGGAUUGUGCCUUCCCAGAACUUUCUGGUGGGCACUGGAAGCUACCAUCAAAAUCGUGAAGAAGAUCGACGAUUUAGGUUCAAGGUCUGUUCCCAGCGCAGAUGUUGAUUCCAAGAUUCAAUAUUCUCUCACAAUUCAUGAUGAAUGUUCUCUCAUGAUCCUCUGAAAUAAAUGCAAGUUGAAAACAAA